CCGCCUGGCUUCUCUGCAGUCUUCCCGCCGCUUCAUCAUCAUGGAUUUUGGGACUAAAAGAGUCGCUGGGAUUAUCGCUCAGGUCGUCCUGCUUCUCUGCAGCUCGCACGGGACAACCGGAGAAGAGGUGUGUGAUGGUGCGCUGGUGUCCAGUCUGCCGCCAUCGUCCUUCAGAAGUUCCUCACAGCUGUCCAGCAGUCAUGCCCCAGGCUUUGCCAAACUCAACAGGAGAGACGGAGCUGGAGGUUGGUCUCCUCUCACCUCAGACAGGUAUCAGUGGCUGGAGGUCAGCCUGGGCGAGCGGACUAAGAUCACUGCUGUGGCUACUCAGGGCCGCUACGGCAGCUCUGAUUGGCUGACGUCGUACCUGCUGAUGUUCAGCGACACUGGACACAUGAAACAGUACAGACAGGAAGACAGCAUAGGGUCUUUUCCAGGUAACAGUAAUGCAGACAGCGUGGUUCAGUACAAACUGCAGCAGCCAGCAAUCGCUCGCUUCCUCCGCCUCAUUCCUCUGGACUGGAACCCCAACGGGAGGAUCGGUCUCCGCCUAGAGACCUAUGGAUGUCCUUACACCUCUGAUGUCGUGAGUUUUGACGGCGGCAGCAGCAGUCUGGUGUACAGGUUGAGUCCUGGGCCGAGGCGGACAUCCAGCGAGGUUGUCUCCCUGGAGUUUAAAACCCUGAGGAAUUCUGGGAUGCUUUUGCAUGCAGACGGACAGGGAGGACUCGGCGUCAGUCUGGAGUUAGAGAGAGGAAAGCUACUGCUGCUGCUCAGACAAGGUAGGACUUCAUCCUCAGAACCCCGGCGCCUCGCUUCCCUCGGCAGCCUGUUAGAUGAUCAGCAUUGGCACCAUUUAGCGGUGGCACGACGCAGCUCUCACCUCAACCUCACUGUGGACAAACACACAGAAAGGGUUCAAAUCCCUGCAGAGUUCAAUGACUGGGACAUGGAGAAGCUGCGUGUAGGGGCAGUCCAGGACCUCGUCUCAAAGAGGAACUUUCAUGGCUGCCUGGAAAACCUGCGGUACAACGACCUCAACCUGAUAGAAUUAGCAAAAAAUAAAGACCACCAAGUUACUGUAGAGGGCAAUGUGACCUUUUCUUGUGCUGAGUCGGUUUCCGUCGCUGUGACGUUCCCUGGCCCCCAGAGCUUCCUCCAGUUGCCGGUGGCGAUGGCAACCUCCUCUGUGGGUGUGUCCCUGGGGUUCCAGUUUAGGACGUGGAACAAGGUGGGGCUUCUGCUAACCUUUGAGCUGCCUCUGGACGGGGGCAUGGUUUGGCUGUACCUGAGCGAGGCCCGACUCCAGUUACAGAUCCAUAAAGCUGGCAAGACUCUCCUGGAGCUCAGUGCAGGUUCUGCUCUGAAUGACGGUCAGUGGCAUUCAGUGGAGCUGAACUCCAGACGAGGUCGUGUGACCAUUGCUGUGGAUGGAGAAGAAGGAGGCGUCGCUCAUGCCAGCCACGCCGUCACCAUAGGAAGUCAACUCUUCUUUGGUGGUUGUCCUGCUGAAGAGGACAGUCAGGAAUGUAAAAAUCCCUUCGACAUCUUUCAGGGCUGCAUGCGUCUCCUCAGUGUGGACAACCAGCCAGUGGACCUGAUUAUGGUGCAGCAAAGACUGCUGGGAAAUUACAGCCAACUGCAGAUCGACAUGUGUGGCAUCAUUGACAGAUGUUCUCCCAGUCGAUGUGAGCAUGGCGGCCGCUGCAGUCAGUCCUGGACCAUCUUCCACUGUAACUGCUCUGAGAGCGGCUACAGCGGAGCGACCUGCCACAGCUCUGUGUACGAACAGUCGUGUGAGGCGUACAAACACAACGGCAACACGUCGGGGCAUUUUUACAUCGACGUGGAUGGCAGCGGACCAAUCAAACCGCAGCUGGUCUACUGCAACAUGACAGUGGAGAACACGUGGAUGGUGAUCCAGCACAACAACACAGAGCUGACCAGCGUUCGACCAUCUCCAGGUGGAAACAAACUCUCAUUUCAAUUUGACUAUUCAACUGAAGAGGAGCAACUAUUGGCCGCCAUCAUCCAAUCAGAGUACUGCGAACAGGAACUGUCCUACCACUGCAGGAAGUCCCGCCUCCUCAACACUCCAGAGGGUUCUCCGUUCAGCUGGUGGCUUGGUGGACCCGGUACCGGUCAUGUCCAGACUUAUUGGGGCGGAGCUCAGCCAGGCAGCCAGCAGUGUGUCUGCGGCCUGCAGGGCGACUGUGUGGACCCACAACACUACUGCAACUGUGACGCCGACCGCAUGGAGUGGACUGAAGACUCGGGCCUGCUCACCCAUGUAGAGAGCCUCCCUGUGCGCUCCCUGGUGCUGGGUGACAUCCAGAGACCGGGGUCAGAGGCCGCCUACAGGGUAGGACCGCUCCGUUGUCAUGGAGACAAGAACUUCUGGAAUGCUGCGUUUUUCGACAAGGAGACGUCGUACCUCCACUUCCCCACCUUCCACGGAGAGCUGAGUGCAGAUAUCUCCUUCCUGUUUAAAACCACGGCCUCCUCCGGUGUGUUCCUGGAAAACCUGGGCAUCAAAGACUUCAUCCGGAUCGAACUGAGCUCCUCCACCCAGGUGGUUUUCUCCUUUGAUGUUGGUAAUGGGCCACUGGAGGUCAGCGUGGAGUCGAGCGUCCCGCUGAACGACAACCGGUGGCAUCGAGUCCGAGCUGAGCGGAACGUCAAGGAGGCGUCGCUUCGAUUGGAUAAACUUCCUGUUGCCACACAGGAGGCUCCUGCUGACGGACACUUCCACCUGCAGCUCAACAGCCAGCUGUUUAUAGGAGGCACAGCAUCCAGGCAGAAGGGCUUUCGGGGCUGUAUUCGCUCCCUGCAGCUGAACGGCGUCACUCUGGACUUGGAGGAGAGAGCGAAGAUCACACCCGGCGUUCGACCCGGCUGCCCGGGUCACUGCAGCAGCUACGGCUCGCUGUGCCAGAACCAGGGCCGCUGUGUAGAGAGAGCCAACGGCUUCCACUGUGACUGCAGCCUGUCAGCGUACACUGGAGUCUUCUGCCACACAGAGGUGUCGGCCAGCUUCAAGUCAGGGACGUCAAUCAGCUACACCUUCAAGGAGCCGUACGAGUUGAGUAGGAACAGCAGCGCCCGGCCGUCCUCAAUGUACUCGGACAUGACGCUGAGAGGGGAGAACAUCUCCCUGAGCUUCAGGACCAACCAGAGUCCCGCUUUGCUGCUCUACGUCAGCUCCUACUACAGAGAGUACCUGGCCCUGCUCAUCAACAAGCACGAUGUGCUGGAGGUGAGAUACAAGCUGGACAGCAGCAGAGAUGCUGAGGUAUUGAGGAGCAGAGUGAAGAGCGUGGCCAAUGGACAACUACACACCGUUACCAUCAGAAGACUGACGGACUCUGUGACUGUGCAGAUUGACCAAAAUGCCAAAGAGGAAUUCAACCUAACAUCUGACCGAGAAUUCAACGCCAUUAAGUCGCUGGUUUUGGGAAGAGUGCAAGAGUCCGAUGACUUGGAUCCAGACCUGGCCAGGUUGGCGUCUCUCGGUUUCGCAGGUUGUCUCUCGGUGGUUCACUUUAACUCCAUCAGCCCUCUGAAAGCUGCUCUGCUCCACCCGGACACCAGCCCUGUCAUCAUCACUGGACCUUUAGUCCAGUCCAACUGCGGCUCCUCAGCUUCAGCCAAUCCCUAUGCAGCAGAGAAUACACACCACCUGUCAGACCAGUCUGGUACAGUGGGCUCAGGUCAACCUUUAGUCAAUGCCAUCAGGACUGACUCGGCUCUGAUCGGAGGUGUCAUAGCGGUGGUGAUCUUUGUGAUUGUGACCAGCCUCGCAAUAACUGCCAGAUUCCUCUACCGGAGAAAAGAAACAUAUCGAAACCAGGAAGUGAAGGGAGUCAAACAGGAGGACAGCCCAGAUUUCCCUUUCAACAACCAGACUGACUCCCAGAGCGUCUCCACUGAAAACCCAAAAGAGUAUUUCAUUUAAUUGGAGGCCUGAUGACCUGAUGAACUGAUGGUUUUAGAGAGGAGUCCUGCCAUGCCUCAGGACAUAACGCUGCACUCAGAGCCACUCAGAGACUUCGCUGGAGGCUCCACAGAAUAUGGAAAGCAAAAAAAAGGAACAAUUCAAACAGUUUUGUCUUUUAUUGUAUAUAGUGUAUAUACUGAUACAAACAGGCUACAGUGCUGGACUUAUAAGGUGUUGUAAAUAUUCAAAAAUGUAAAUGUGGAAGUGAUGUCUACAGCUAACUAGUGUCACUGUCAUAUUGAAAGGUUGCAAUUACUGCGUUGUGAUUUUUGUUUUAAUGAUUUAGAUUAAUCAAACAACUUUAUGUAAGUGAGUCAGGGUGCAUGGAAUCGUGACGAGCUGUUGGUGGCUGGUGCACGUUUCUGCGAGGAUAAUGAAUGGAUGUUUGCUGAAUUGGAACUGGAGAUGUAUGACCCCUUAAUGAGGCCCUCAGGAAGAGCACUUCUAUAAGAGCUGGUGUUUGGUGGUUUGUUGGCGUGUGAUGGCUUUUUGUUGUGUGCAGAGCUGUGGAGCCUCAAAUCCCUAUUUAAGGGUAACCUGAGCAAAACUAUGUAAACAUUGUUUGAGUCCUUGCAGCCUGCAAACAUCCACCAAAUACCCGGACGUUGUUUGAUUUUCUGACUCCAGAAAGCACAUGAAUUAAACAUUUUUAUGAGUGAUUUUCCUCCA